UUGAAAACAACCCUUGAAGAUUCUAUCUAGCCCAAUGUUCGCCGUGUAAGAAGAUGACCACUGAGCAAAAACCACGUUAAAACCCUCCGCCUCUGAAAUUCCGGAGGGGGAUGAAAUGGCUGCAAUGGCUCGCUGUGCUUUGAUUCCAUCUAUAAACCCAGCUCAUAGCUUCCGUCAUCAGUUUCCGCAACCCAAUGCGUCAUUCUAUUUACCUCCCACUCUUCCGAUUUUUUCGCGUGUUCGGAGAUUUGGAAUUUCCGGCGGAUAUCGCCGCCGUGUGAUCACCAUGGCCGCCGGAACUGAUCACUACUCGACUUUGAAUGUGAACCGCAAUGCCACCUUGCAGGAGAUCAAGAGCUCGUAUAGAAAACUCGCUCGCAAGUAUCACCCAGAUAUGAACAAGAACCCUGGUGCAGAAGAUAAGUUCAAACAGAUAAGUGCUGCUUACGAGGUAUUAUCUGAUGAGGAGAAGAGAUCUGCCUAUGAUCGGUUCGGCGAGGCUGGUUUAGAAGGUGAUUUUAAUGGAUCACAGGAUACUUCACCAGGGGUGGAUCCAUUUGACUUGUACAGUGCAUUCUUUGGAGGUUCUGAUGGAUUCUUUGGGGGAAUGGGUGAAUCAGGAGGGAUGGGUUUUGAUUUCAUGAAUAAGAGAAGCCUAGACCUUGACAUUCGAUAUGACCUGCGGUUGAGCUUUGAAGAGGCAGUUUUUGGAGUAAAACGGGAGAUUGAGGUUUCUUAUUUAGAAACAUGUGAUGGUUGUGGAGGAACUGGUGCUAAAUCCAGUAACUCCAUUAAACAGUGUAGUAGUUGUGAUGGUAAAGGACGUGUGAUGAAUUCUCAGAGAACACCCUUUGGAAUCAUGUCUCAGGUGUCCACUUGCUCCAAAUGUGGUGGUGAAGGAAAAACUAUCACUGAUAAGUGUCGAAAGUGCAUUGGCAACGGGAGACUACGGGCUAGGAAAAAGAUGGAUGUUGUAGUCCCUCCUGGUGUCAGCGAUAGAGCCACAAUGCGAAUUCAAGGAGAAGGUAACAUGGACAAGAGAAGUGGAAGAGCUGGUGACUUGUUCAUCGUACUUCAAGUUGAUGAGAAGCGUGGAAUUCGGCGGGAAGGGCUUAAUUUAUACUCCAAUAUCAACAUAGAUUUCACAGAUGCUAUACUUGGGGCGACCACAAAGGUAGAAACGGUUGAGGGAUCAAUGGAUCUUCGGAUUCCGCCAGGAACUCAACCUGGCGACACCGUAAAAUUACCUAGGAAAGGAGUUCCAGACACGGAUAGACCUUCAAUCCGGGGAGACCAUUGCUUUGUAGUGAAAAUUUCGAUCCCCAAAAAACUGAGCGAGAGGGAGCGCAAGUUGGUAGAGGAAUUCUCGUCGCUCAGAAGAUCUAGUAGUAGUACUGGACCUACUGAAACUCGUCAAGAGGAGCAGAGUUUUGGCUCAGAGCCCAGAAAAGAACCAUCUUUGUGGCAUAAAAUGAAGAAUUUCAUAAGACCAGAAGAUUCAAGAACGAAAUUUGGGACUAUGAGCUUAAACCCAUCAUUACCAUUACGAAGAAUGAAAGUGUCAGAGACUUCAAUUGCUUUUUCAGUCUUGGCUCUGUGCGUUAUAACCUCGGCUGUUGCAUUGGUACAGAAGAAGGGUAAUCGCUUGAAACAAAAGAAAGAAACUUAAUUUCGUCAAAAACCCUGAAACCCCACAGGUAGAAGUUUAAUUUCAAGUAACAGAGAGCUUUUUACAAGAUUUAAAAGGCCCUCGGUCAUACAAUUCUAGUUUCUAGAGAUUGUUUGUCACGCAGAAGAGAUAUGAUCUUGUAUGUAUGUUUUAUCAUUUAUAUAUGGUUAAGAGCCUAGUUGUGAUAUACAACGAAAGGAAUGUUAUUACUUGAACAAAUGUUUAUGUAUGCUAGACCAGCUUAAACCGUGACAGAACUAUGCUUUGAACUCAAUUCAGUCCUCUUAUUUACUUUGUUUGUC